CCAGCUGCCUAGCAAUCACAUCUGCUCGAGUUUCCAAACAGGAUUUUUUUUUACUGUCAACUGUGUUCUAAAACUUGAAAAAAUACUAACUUGAUUUGUUUAGUACACUCUUAGAAAACUGGUCUUAAAUCAUUAUCGACCGGAGUCCAUGUGUGGUGUGACUCUACCCGCAUUGGUAAAUAUUAACGAAAAUUACCCUACAGGUAAUGUUGAGGUAAUGACAAAUUUACCUUACAUAGUUAGGAACAAUUCACUAUCAAUUCGAUAGGAAAUUGUUACCAAAUCAAUACCAGCACGGCGUAUGUAAAUAGGUUACCCUUCCAGAUUUUUAACAGUGUACAUAAAUAUUAAUAUUCUUUUGGUGAACUCAUGUAAAAUCUGUACAUAAGUAAAUUAAAAAAAUAUCUCGUCCGUGUAAAUACAUGUGUGGAUUUUUUGGUAAAUAUCUUGGAUAAAAAUAACAUUUUUGAAAUGUGAUUAAGACGCCUCUUUAAUCAUUACCCAAAAAUAAAGCACUUCACUGCUAAAACUUUGGUAGAGUCACAUAUUUAUGUAGAUACUCCGUGCUGGUAUUGAUUUGGUAAUAAUUUCCUACCGAAAAUUGUUCCCGAGUGGUAAAUUUUUCAUUACCACGACAUCACGGAACGGUAAUCCCGGUUAAUACCGGUGCCGCAGUUUUCAAAGAGUGUAUGUAUGUAUAAGUAGUACCGCUGCGGGUGACGAUUUGUCUCUAAAUUAUUUGAAGUGCACAUAAAAAAAUUUAAAAAUUUGAAACCCACCAAAAAUGGCAGAAAUCACUAUAAAUUUGGAGGAGGGUAGCUCGAAGAGUGUUGAAGCACCCCUGCGGAGAUGUAAUGUUCGGAGGGCAGCUGCUAAGGGGACCGAGCCCCCGAGGAAGGCCAGGAUUAGCGUGUAUAUAACGACCAUGACGUGUCUCUUUACCCUCACGGUGUUGGCCCGGUCAAAUGAGGAGGUAGUCCAACCUUGGGAGAGUAUUCGGGGGCUGACGGGCCUUUUGGUAUUCUUGUUUGCUGGAGUGACCGCGUGUAACAUGUUCCUGGAAUGGACUGAAGACAUCCGUCAACACAAGUGGAUUUUCUACACCAGAUUUUUCCUCACUUUGGGUGAAACCGAUGAAAAAACGGAUUUCGACGCCCUGUUUUCCUUGAAGUGGUGGAAGAAACCGGAACCUCCGGUAGAGGGACAAGAAGUGGUUCAUUUUGCCACAUUUGUGUCCAACUUCUUGGAAACUUUGGACACCAAAUUGACCCAGCUUUCUUCCAAUAUUUCAUCCAGUAACGAGUUGGACGUUUACAUCGCAGCGGUUCGCCUCUGGUCGAUUUCUCCCCCGUCCGACAGAGAUGGGGAAAUUAGAUCGAAAUGGGUCAAUUUUCUGAACGAAAUGGCAACAUUUUUGGAAGACAGGUACAAGAAACCAGACGCUGCCAAAAAAUGAAGAGACCCACAGAAAAAUUCGGUUCCUUGAAAUGUUCAAAAAUAUUUAACGUAUUGGUCUUACCAUGUACAUGCAUAAAUUGUAUUGUAAUCUGUGUGCAUGAUGUUCAUAAUUUGUGGCCGCGGAAGGAGUGGGGAUAUAAAAAUCUUAGGAUAGGGAAGUAGGUGUUAAUAUAUAUAUGUACAUGGGUAGAUGAUCUAGACAUCAAAUAUCCAUGGGGACAAAACUGAAAACUUGGGAAGGUUAUUGACCACCAAAUUUGCAUUGGAAACUACAUGCCGAGUUUUCAGAAAUGGAAAUUUAGGCCUUAAACUCGACGAUAGGUUUCUCAUAAAUUUAGAAUACCACGACUAGUCGUGUGCAUUUGAAUUUCUGUUUCCCGAAAUCGACCUGGUUCGCCUAACUAAGGAGGAGAGACCCUCUACAUGUCAUCUUCAGAUUUUGAUGCCCUUUGCAUAUGUUGGAGUACCCCAUGAGGCUACUAAAACCCUGAAGUGGUUUGAUGCCAUGGCCCCAUUCGCGCCCGCCACGCCCUCUCAAAGGUGUAAAAAACACGAAAAAAGCCCUGUUUUCAUGUACUUCAACUGUCACCAAAAAUCCAAUUUUGCUCGGAUUUUCAUAAAAUUAACAUUUUUGUGAUC